AUGAUGCCAAGCCUGGCUGCCUUCGCUCCCGCCUUUAGCUCCUCCCUUUCCCGCAUCCACGGUCGCCCUGGCACUUUGUUCGAACCUUAUGCCUCGUCAUCCUUGCCGCCUUCAAGCUCGCAUAGUCCUCCCUCAGCCUACACCCUCGCCCGAAAGCUUCGUUCUCUCCAGCCACCCCGCUACUUCCAAGUAGUCGCCUGGACAGCCGUCACGUCCCCGCUCGCCUUGUGGAAGAACGCUGUGGCUCUACAAGUAGGAGGCUAUCAAAGCAGCCACAUACUGGGUCGGGGGAAAAGUCUCAUUGUUGGAUCCUAUGAGUCAACUGGCGAUCAUCCGUUCACAUGGACGCGCCGAGAUGGUCCAGGUUCGUGA